AGCGAAGCGUGGCGGAAAUGUUUCCUCUCGCGUCACGAAGUGAUCUAUGUCUGGCUGCUUUUGUAUAUCUUGCUCCACAUUAUUGCACAAUUUGGACAUGGAACUGUCCUAGAACUGUUGCUGCCUUGCCGGAAGUAUUUUGAAAAUUUCCAAACAGCCCAUUUCAGAUAGUUAAAUCUUGAGGAAUCGCGCGAAAUUAUUGAUUUAGAUUUGCUACACACACGAAAGCCAAAAUGGCUCUUGCGGGCAAGAAACCUUUCUGGAAUCUGUCCGUUUACAUUACUAGUCUGAGCACAGAAAAACCCGUUGAAGUCAAUGGAGAGACAUUUGUUGGCAAAUUGAUGCUGGAUCUAGUGGAAGGACUAGAUAUUUCUGCUGACUGGUCCGAUCAUGGUUUGUGGUGGCCGCAGAAGCGAAUGUGGCUGCUGAAACCCCGGUUAACUUUAGACACUUGUGGGGUUCAAGGCGAUGCGAAGCUGCAUUUUACUCCGAUCCACAAGAAAGUACGUGUACAACUUCCAGAUCUACAAUACGUUGAAGUAUCGAUGAACUUCUCCUCCAAGGUUUUUGGAGCUGUACAGGAAUUAUGCAGCGAGUUAGGAAUUAGACAUCCAGAAGAACUUUCUCUCAUUAAGCCAAACUCUAGAAUGCGAAAAGAAGGCAAAAGAAGCUUGCGAGGAAAAACUAAAAAGCGUCUGUCUGGUUCGUCGUUGAGUUCAGACGAUAACUUGUCGCAAAACAGUGAUGACAAACAACGAGGGAGCAGAGAUAACCUAACGCCUAACUAUGGGUCAAUGCCCCGUUCAAAUGGUAGUCUGUCUCCAGGUUCCACACCCUCUACUCCAAACUCGCCUUUCGUUCCCGAAGGACCUUCCAAUACCAUAGAAAACACUCAGCUAUCCUGCAGUCCGUUAGCCCCGUCUGCAGAAGCAAUAAACAUGCUUUACACACCGAAAACACUGCAAGAAAAGGCUCAAAUGAAUUCUGGGUGGCUUGACUCUUCAAGGUCACUCAUGGAACAGGAGGUUCGUGAAUUUGACACAUUGUUACUAAGAUACAAGUAUUACACCUUCUUUGACUUGAACCCUAAGGUUGAUGAAGUGAGAAUCAACCAGCUUUAUGAGCAGGCCAAAUGGAGUAUACUUACUGAUGAAGUUGAAUGUACAGAGGAAGAAAUGAUGACAUUUGCAGCAGUACAGUUUCAGGUCAAGAUUCUGUCAGCAUCGCCUCAAGCAAAUGUUACAGAAGAUGAUGAUGAUAUUGAUGCUGCUUUGAGUGAUUUACAGGCAUCACUGGAAGGUUCGUCAUUGUCAAACACUCCUGUGAAAGCAAAUCUAACAGCUGUCCCAGAAAUAAAGGAUUAUCUGAAUCUCAUGGUACAAAAGGCAUUUGGUAACAAGAAAAAGAAAUGCUGGUUCAUCUUUAAAGAUACCAUGCUAUCCAUAUACAAGACCCAAGAAGAGUCAUAUGGUCAGCCUAUGCAAAAGACUAACCUUAGAGGUUGUGAAGUCACCACAGAUGUUAAUGUGUACAAGGAUAAAUACCUCAUCAAAUUAAGACUACCUGAUGGCGAUGAAAUAGAAAUAGCUUGCCAAACAGAGACACAGUAUGCCAAGUGGAUGGCAGCUUUCCGCAUGGCUUCCAAAGGCAAGACUAUGGCAGAUGCUACAUACAGCUCUGAGAUGGCUGGAAUCCAGGCCUUUCUUAGCAUGCAGCAUGACAAAGGGGACUCUACACCAAGCAGCCCUGGGCAGAUUCAAAUUCAACCAGAGGAUUUUGUUGGACCAAGAAUGCUGCGGAAGUACAAACCAAAGCAGAUUGCUGCACGUAUCCUAGACGCACACACUGCUCUGCAGAAAACAUCACUGAUUGAAUCCAAGAUGCUGUACAUUAGAAAAUGGCAGGCUCUACCAGAGUUUGGUAUCUCACAUUUUAUAGUUAAAUUCAGAUCAGAGAAGCCUACAAAGAAGGAGGAAAUUCUUGGCAUUGCUUUCAAUCGUAUCAUGAAGAUGGACCCGAAUAGCAAAGAAGCAAUCAAAACAUGGCGAUACAGCGUCAUGAAAUCAUGGAACGUGAACUGGGAGACAAGAGAAAUGAUAGUACAAUGUGAAGGCGAGACUAUAGCAUUUAACUGUCUCAGCGCCGAUAUCAAAUCUGUUCACGAGUUCAUCGGUGGAUAUAUUUUCCUGUCCAUGAGAAAAGACGUCAAUCAACCUCCAAGCGAUGAACUGUUUUUUAAGUUGACUGGAGGUUGGCUCUGAUAAAACAUGAUAUUUUCUUAUAUGAUAUAUUGUAUAGUAUUACGUUGGGGUUCCUGUGCUGAUUCAAUCAGAGGACAUGAGGAGAGAGAGGACGAAGGAAGUGGUUGAGAUUGACGCUCUCUUGAGAUGUCUCGCGAAUAGACAUUCGUUUCAACGUAGUGUACCUUUCGUUGUUCCGAUAGAACACAGGAACCCCAAAACUGGUACGUUAUAGUUCUUAAAUACCGAGAACUGCCUAUUACAACAACGAAUACUUAUAAUUGAUUAAAUAAUCAUAGUGUAAUUAUAUGAAA